AUGUCUCGUUACCGAGGACCUCGUUUUAAAAAAAUACGCCGUCUGGGGGCUUUGCCGGGACUAACUAGUAAAAAACCUAGGUCCGCAAGUGAUCUUAGAAACCAAUCCCGCUCCGGGAAAAGAUCUCAAUAUCGUAUUCGUUUAGAAGAAAAACAGAAAUUGCGUUUUCAUUAUGGUCUGACGGAGCGACAACUACUUCGAUAUGUUCGUAUCGCUGGAAAAGCAAACGGUUCGACGGGUCAAGUUUUACUGCAACUACUUGAGAUGCGUUUGGAUAACAUUCUUUUUCGAUUGGGUAUGGCUUCAACUAUUCCUGGAGCCAGGCAAUUAGUUAACCAUGGACAUAUUUUAGUUAAUGGUCGUCUAGUGGAUAUACCAAGUUAUCGCUGCAAACCCCGAGAUAUUAUUACUACGAAGGAUAAACAAAGAUCCAGAGCUUUGAUUCAAAAUCAUAUGGAUUCAUCCUCCAACGCGGAAUUGCCAAAACAUUUGACUCUGCACUCAUUGCAAUAUAAAGGGGUAGUCAAUCAAAUAAUAGAUAGUAAAUGGGUCGGUUUGAAAGUCAAUGAAUUGCUAAUCGUAGAAUAUUAUUCCCGACAAACUUGA